ACCACAACCAUGCUUUGAGUUAAACUCGCAACCGACUGAACGUUAUGUUUACAAACAAGUGAUGACUGUCGUGACGCCGAAUACGCUUACCCCAGCUUCAUUCAACUAACAUGUAAUUUGUAUCAUAAGAAUAAGAAUGUAAACGAGAAUAUAAACGUGACUACUACAUUUUGGGUCAGAAUGUCGUGCGGGGCAAAAAGAGACCGGAAGCACAUGUGUUUGUAUACAACAAGUCUGAUGACACGUUGAGACCGUCACAAUCUUCGUGGGACGCGGGUCGCGAUCAAUGAUUACACAAUGGCUGUCGUCAUGUGAUCGUUAUGUCCCAGCUUUCGCAAAAUCUACUGGGAUCAUCAACCGAGCGUUUUGGUUCACCGACAUCAAACGCGACAAGCUAGAAACCUCCCGGGUAUAGCUUGGCCGGAGAGAAAGCUUGCACUUAAGUGUGUUGUAACUGGGAUAUUUGCUGACCAGCUUCAACUCUCCGUUAACUUUGACCUCGGAACACGCGGUGAUUAUUUUGGUUUCUCACGUGAUCAGCUAGGCUUCAAUCGCCAAGCGGACCGUGAGCGUAAAAGCGCUGUCAGUCUCCAGCCAAUACGUCCACCGCGGGAAGGUUAGAAAUACGGUUGAGGAAGAUUUAUGCGGACGAAACCAGUUUGAUUUGCAGUCGUGAUUAACAGGACGAGUAAACAGCACGUGGUCAAGAUGACGCUGGUUUUGAGGAACAUGCAGAAAUUGGUGAAACUCAACAUCGGACGUUUGGAAACGGAGAUCAACAUUUUGAGAAAGUGUUUUGAUGUGGAGAUUUUCGAUAUGUCCGUCUUGUGUAUUUGUGACGAAGAGAUGGCGACUCUGAACUCUGCUUAUAGAAGGAUUGACUCGACAACAGACGUUCUUGCGUUCCCGUUUUAUGAGGGCCUUGAACCAGGGAUGCUACCUGAGGUGGACAACCUGGACGAGAUGAUCCUCGGUGACAUCUUCCUCGGCGUCAGUCACAUCAACGACCAAUGCAAGAAGUACGGUGCUGACUUCCAAGAAACAUUGCCAAUCAUGUUGACACACGGCAUGUGCCAUCUCCUCGGCUAUGACCACGAGACAGAAGAACAAUGGCGGAAGAUGUACUCCAAGGAGCUCCACAUUCUGGACGAGUUCAACAAGCUGACUGGCAAGACGUGCAAGCCUUUAACUGCAGUGGGGCACUGAUCGAACAACCUCAUCAGCAGCCAACUGAACACACCCAGUGGGUGGAAUCUACAGAAGGCUGAUCGCCAAGAAGUAUUAAGAGACCUGGAAGCCGAUGUACAGAGCGAUCUGAGCACUGAGGUGAUCGUUACUCCCAUACCUCAACAUGGACUUAUGUCGUAGUGCUGAGGUUAUAUUGUACAAUGGCACCCCGAAAAAUAGUCGCAUUUAAAGGGGGCAAAUGUAACGCUUAAAGAUAUCUGGAGUAAUCCCAAUAAUUGAAGACACGUGUUCAGAUAUGCUGCAAAUUCAGGCAUCUUCCCCAGGCAAGAGAGUUGACUGACUAUUAAAGUCCGGUUUCCACCCUUGCAGAACCAGGAUGGAAUUGCUUGGCUCCAUCAUAGUGCCACCUGUGGCUAGUACGAGGUAUGUCCAUUCUAUGCCUCUCCUUCUGGACCAAUCUGAUUCCACCUCUCAUAUCACUUGCAUUUGCUUCAAACUAAAUGGCGGCACCCAGUCAAGAUGAUCUGAUCGAUAAUCAAGAUAUAUAUUGUG